AUGUCCUCCGCAUUGCCGUCCCCUCCGCAAGCGUCGACAUCUUCACGGCCUGCAAAAACCCGCCUCUGCCCGCACUGCGCGAAACGCUUCUCCACCGCCGGCCACCUCUCGCGGCACGUGCGCAUCCACAGCAGCAGUGGGAGGACCUUUGUCUGCGCGUUCCCGGGGUGCGCCACCGCGUGUUCGCGAAGGGACAACCUCCGCCAGCACUACCGCCUGCACUUCGACGUGCGUGACCCGGAGGAGCUGCACGGGCGCGCGCCGCACAAGAAGUGGCGCAAGCCGCGGGUGCAGCGCGUGGAUACACGGUUUCCCGGGGGAGAUCACGUCAUGAGCGGUUCCGUCCCCCUCCCGACCUACUCAGCACAGCCGCCGUCUUCUCAUGCUCGGCCACCGGCUGAUGUUAGCAUCAGUGUCGCGAGCACUACGGGUACCCUCAUUUCGCCCCUGUUGAACGCCGACCUGUUCGAAGACGGCGCCGACGUUCUGAUCCGUCUGCACGCCGAGGCUCGCAGUCGGACAGCUGCCAGUGAUCUGUAG